UAUAUAUUCAUACAUCAUUCUUCAUCAUUCUGGCACUGAAAACACCGAAGAUUUUGUGGGAUUUUUCUGCCAAAUAAAGUGGUUUAUUCUAGAUAUUUUUAAGUCAGAACUAUGGUCUGAAUAACGUGUAUCCUUGUGCCAAUAGCGCUGUUUAUUUGGCACAAGUUUAUACAGCCCAUAGUCGAUAUGUGGUACGGCAAGAAACCCAUCUCAGACAAGGCUGCCCCCAAUGAAUCCGAUAGCAAGGUAUAGAAUUUUUGUUUUUUUAAAUAUUUUGGCACUACAAACUGAAUUUUGACCACUGAAUUUUCGCUGUGUUUUACAAAAUUAUCACAUGAACACAUUGAAAAUAUUUUAUUGAUUCCGAUCUGAUAGAAUAUAGGGUAUUUUAAAGUAUUUAUUUAAUAUCUUCAUGUCAUUCUUGACAAAUUUAUAUUUGGAAUAUAGCUAAGACAGCUGCAUAUUGGGAGAGAUGCGACUACCUCAAAAACACAAGAAGAACUUCAAUUUUUCCAGAAAUUUGUUGGGAUGUUAGUGGUGGGGGCACAGAAUAGAGACUAUACAGAAGCCUGACUUAUUCAUUUUUCCUAUAUGUAUGUCUGUAUAUGAUUUUGGCGUAACCGUCCCAGCCAGUGCGUGUUUGAAAGCAUUCACCCCCUGAUAAUGUUCAAAAUGGCAGAUGUCCAGGGGGGGAAUGCCUAUCAUAAGUGGACAGUUGGCUAAGACCAUAGGUCAGCAUUUUGAUGAUGAACAAUGGCAUGGCAGCGGUUACGCUUCCUUCUGUGUACCGUAUUCUGUGACAGGGGUCUGGAAAAUUAUAUGAGUUUGAUAAUAGCAAAUUAAAAGAGAUCACGUGGCAAAAAAUAAACCAAUAAUCAGAUGGAUUUAGUCAAAACAAACUAUAAACAAAAAAUGUAAAUACAUUACAGAGUACAUUAAUACAACCAUAUGGAAAACUACAACAAAUACAUUACUUAAUUGUUUCAUAUAUUUGUAUUCAUUGUAGUUUUCCCCAUAUUUGCAUUAAUUGAUUAUGUAAUGUUAUUUGCAUUUUAUGUUAUGUUAAUUUAUACCAAUUGGUUUAUUUUUGUCCCAUGAUUGCUUUUAUAGUCACUACCAGUAGUAUAAAAGCUCAUGUCAUUUUCCCAUCCGACUUCACUACUAACUUCCCAACAAAGGUCCUUUUCUCAAAAUGUCAAAGUUCUGCAAGUUUGUAUUUUUUUACCUGCAAUGGCACAGAUAGGGAUUGACCGAUUGUGCAAGCCAAGAUGGCAGCCAUUGACUUCAUAGCUCCAAAUUAAGGUCAUAAACAGUUUUUAUACCAUUUUUCCGCAGCUAAAUCCAGCUUUUCCUAACUGACCGUAUCAGUGUAUCACUAACCAAGUUAUUACUGUAGUUCAUAAAACCAUAGUAUCAUUCUUUAAAUCAAUGUCAAAAUACAAAAUUUUGGCACACUCUUUGCCAAGAUGGCAGAAGUUGAAGGAGCUCCAGAUACAUAUCGAGCUCACUGGAACAGAUACAGUUGUAGCUGACCUCAUAUAAAAUUUUACAAUGUUUGCAUUUUGUAAAAUUUUAUGAUCUUCACUAAUGUGGCUAGGCCGUACUCUGACAAAAGCAAAGGUGCUUGAAAAAUAGUGCUGCUCUGUGACCCAAGACACUUUUCCACUCAUUUACCAAAACAUGAGUAUAUGUGAUAUAUCAGUAACAGCUAGGCCAAUUUAAGCAAACAAUGCAUAAAAUAAUAGGGACAUGCUGGACAUACCGCUUUACCGGAUAGCAGUCAGUCUACUGGAUAAUAACCGGAUACCAAUGGUGGUACUUGGACAAUAUGUCACUGGCUUUUUGUCAUAAAAAUAAAUAGUCCAUUGUAUGUUUAGUAUGUGGCACAAGGGUCGUCAGAGAAUAUACAUGCAUCACAAAUAAUGUAAUUUUGUUUUAAUGUGUCACAUGUGUGGUAGACUAGUACUAGUUAGUGUUUCACAAUAUCUUAACGCAAAACAGACGGUUUUGUGCUUACAAUAAAAGUUCCACUACUAUCUGGUAAAUAUCUGGCAAAUUUUUACCAGAUGUCUAUAUUUUGCCAGAUAUCCAGAUUGCUGAAUCAUUUAUAUGACUUGGCUAUGGAAAGUUGAUUCCUAUAUACAGACAGUAGUUUAUUUAAUAAUAUCUAAUAGUUUACUUGUUAUUCUAUAUAGAAUGGUUCAGUACCGGUGAAAAAUGGAGAAAUACAUCAAGAUAUAAAAGGAGAAAUCCAAAAAGAAUCCGUAAUGGUUGAAUCAUCGAAAGACAAAUAAUUGCACAUAUUUAUAGCAGAUGAUUAUGAAGCUUAUGAUGACUUGUGAAUAAAGCCUUGAAGAGGAACUUUGCAAGUUUGAUGUACUGUACUACAAAUAACUUCAUUUUCAACUCAAGCUAGAAAAUUUUUGUAGCCAUAGAUUCAGUAUUGUUGUAUGGUUAAUAAAUAUUUAUUGUAAACAUUUUAAUUAAAGUACAGUAUAUGCUAAUGCUUUUUAAC